CUUCUCUUCUCUUCUUCUUCUUCCCGCCGCAAGCUCAGCACUGGGUCAGCACUACAGUGCCAUUCGCUGGUUUCGCUUUCGGUUGAGCUUCGGCAGAUACAGAAGCUGAAACAGACAGUAACAAGAGACUGAAAAAAUGGAAGAAGACGGAGAUGUGGUGGUGACGCCAGGGGAGGUGCUUGGGAAAUCCUCCGACUUGAAAGCUGGGGCCGGCGCGUACGUGUCUCCUCAGGACCACGCCGUCUACGCUUCUCUCACUGGAUUCCGCCGCAUUCUAUCCCCUCCUCCUGACGCACCUGACCAGAGACCUACAGUGGAAGUAACUGGUCACAAAGCCCAUGGUCCUGUUCCGGAGCCUGGAUCCAUUGUCACUGCUCGAGUUACUAGGGUGAUGGCUAGAAUGGCUUCUGCUGACAUCAUGUGCGUUGGCACCAAGUCUGUGAGGGAAAAAUUUUCUGGCAUAAUUAGGCAACAGGAUGUUAGAGCAACAGAGAUUGAUAAAGUGGAUAUGCACUUAUCUUUUCAUGCUGGUGACAUUGUCAGAGCUCUUGUUUUAUCUCUUGGUGAUGCAAGGGCAUAUUAUCUAUCAACUGCACAAAAUGAAUUGGGUGUUGUCUCUGCAGAGAGUGCGGCAGGUGCAACAAUGGUUCCAAUUAGUUGGACAGAGAUGCAAUGCCCACAGACAGGGCAAGUUGAGCAAAGAAAGGUUGCCAAGGUUGGAGGAUUGGGAAACACCGAAACCAAAACAGAAAAAAAAAAAUACAGAAUUUUGGUGAAAAUGGCUUUUGCGGGUAUUGCGCUCCUUCAACCCAUCUCGAAUCUCAGUUCCGCAACUGCCCUCGUCUCUUUCAGAAAAACCAACUUUGUCCCCUGUUCGACAUCUCUCAGAUUCUUCCCCAGAAACCAGAGUCCACUGGGCUACAAGUCGUUCGCGGUCUCAUUGGCUCUCACGGAAUCAGAUUCUGCCAAAUCUAUAGAACCAGACCCUCAAUUCCUUCUUCAACAGCUCGCCGAUAGUUUUGAUCUUCCACAAGAUUACUUUUCGAAGCUUCCAGGCGAUCUUCGUCUCGAACUUAAUGAUGCAGCGUUUGAUCUUUCAAAUGGACCGGUCCUUGAUGAGUGUGGUCGAGAGCUGGGAGAGACACUGUUAAACCUCUCUAGAGCAUGGGAACUUGCUGAUACAUCAACUUCCUAUACUUUAAUUAGCAAGCUCCCUAAGUUAGAGGCGUCUUUAACAGACAAUGCCAAAUCAGCACUUGGAAAGCGCUUGGUUUCUGCUGGAAGAAGGUUCCAGGCCGUGGGGCAGUACGGCCAAGGUGAGCUACAAAAGAUUGCAAAAGCGAUGAUUGCAACAGGGAGGCGUCUAUCUGCUACUUCAAUAUCCACGGUGCCUGACGAAGAGCCAAAGACGGAAACCAGGAUGUUUAAGUUUGGGGAUCUUCAAGUCGAACUAACAUCAGUUAAAGCCAACAUUGGCGCCGUCAUCAGUAUUGUUUUCGGGAUACUUUCAUGGGAAGUAGCUCAGGGAAUCCAAAGCAUUCCAGAGAGUGAGUUGCAAUAUGCAAACGACAAUGCAUUGUUGCUGGCUAAGUCUUUGAGAGGAGCUCUACUUGCAUUAUUCUAUUCAUCAACGUUUUUGUCUGCUUUUACCUCAGUGGGACUCUUCUUACUAGCAAGGCAAACCACCACCACAAUGGCCUCUCUCACCUGCACGGCCUCCGACCUCUCCGCCCUUCUCACCGCCACAACCAACUCCACGGCCGCGGCGGAGUUCCUCUGCUCCCGUUUCAACGCCGUGUCCGACAAGCUCACCGCCACCACCUACGCCGUCGACAACACCUACCUCCUCUUCUCCGCCUACCUCGUCUUCUCCAUGCAGCUCGGCUUCGCCAUGCUCUGCGCCGGCUCCGUCCGCGCCAAGAACAGCAUGAACAUCAUGCUCACUAACGUCCUCGACGCCGCCGCCGGUGGGCUUUCGUACUACCUCUUCGGCUUCGCCUUCGCCUUCGGCUCCCCCCCCAACGGCUUCAUCGGCCGCCACUUCUUCGGCCUCAAGACCUUCCCCUCCCACUCCGCUGACUACAGCUUCUUCCUCUACCAGUGGGCCUUCGCCAUCGCCGCAGCCGGCAUCACCAGCGGCUCCAUCGCCGAACGCACCCAGUUCGUCGCCUACCUCAUCUACUCCUCCUUCCUCACUGGCUUUGUCUACCCCAUCGUCUCCCACUGGUUCUGGUCCCCCGACGGCUGGGCCAGCCCGUCCCGACCCGAUAACGAUCUCCUCUUUGGCUCCGGAGUCAUCGACUUCGCCGGAUCUGGCGUUGUCCACAUGGUUGGCGGCAUAGCCGGAUUAUGGGGCGCAUUCAUCGAAGGCCCAAGACUCGGCCGCUUCGACCAUACGGGUAGGUCCGUGGCUCUACGCGGUCACAGCGCGUCGCUCGUGGUCCUCGGCUCUUUUCUACUCUGGUUCGGUUGGUACGGUUUCAACCCCGGUUCGUUCAUCACAAUCCUGAAAAGCUACGGUGACGGUGAACGCGUUUACUACGGUCAGUGGAGCGGAGUGGGACGGACAGCUGUCACGACCACAUUGGCUGGAUGCACAGCCGCGCUCACGACCUUAUUCGGGAAAAGACUGCUCGUCGGUCACUGGAACGUAACCGACGUCUGUAACGGCCUCCUCGGGGGAUUCGCCGCGAUAACCUCGGGAUGCUCGGUGGUCGAGCCGUGGGCGGCGAUCGUCUGCGGCUUCGUCGCCGCGUGGGUUCUAAUCACGUCCAACAAGCUGGCGGAGUUGGUGAAGUACGACGACCCGCUAGAGGCGGCGCAGUUGCACGGCGGGUGCGGCGCGUGGGGUUUGCUGUUCACCGGCCUCUUCGCGACGAAGGAAUACGUGGGGGAGGUGUACGGCGGAGAUGACAGGCCGUACGGGCUGUUCAUGGGAGGCGGAGGAAGGCUGGUGGCGGCGCAGGUGGUGCAGAUACUGGUGGUGGCCGGGUGGGUUACGGCGACGAUGGGACCGUUGUUUUAUGGGCUGAACAAACUGAGGCUGUUGAGGAUCUCCAAGGAUGAUGAGAUGGCGGGUCUUGAUUUGACGAGGCAUGGGGGUUUUGCUUACCUGUACCAUGACGAGGAUGCUUCGGAUAGGCCUGAGCAGUUUAUGAUGAGGAAGAUUGAGCCUACGAAUGGAAGUGGAACCAGUACCUCUACCAGUGAAGACAAUAAUAACGUACGGCCGUCGAAUGUCUGAUUUUUCAUAGCUCUUUAAUGUAACUUUCUUGGGAAAAUGAUAGUUAAUUUCCUUACUUGGUUGCAAAAGUAGUGGUGAAGUGAAUUCGGUGCGAAAUGUAUAAAAGGAAACUAUAUGAUAAAUA